CACGUUUCAAAAUGGCGUCGGCUUCAAAUCUCGCGGAACAAGGACUCGCGAAUAUUCCAAACUUAGAGCUCGCAACUCUAUCCUAUUGUGCGGGAUGCUCCUCCUACACAGACGACGAACGAACGGCAGCGAAAACGAAGCUCCUAGAAGAAGUUAAAUCAAAAAAUCUUACACCACUUUAUGAAUGGCUGUGCAGUGAGUUGAAGAUGAAGGUGGAUAAGAGUGUUGUUGAGAUGAUGAGAAAGGAGAAUGAGAGGAAGGUUGCUGAACUGGAUGAGAAGAUUAGAGAUGCAAAGGAGAAUUUGGGAGAGACUGAGAUUAGGGAUGCGCUUGUAGCGAAGGCAGAGUAUCUUUGUAAUAUUGGUGAGAAGGAAGAAAGUGUGUCUGCAUUACGACUCGUUUAUGAAAAGACAGCAACAGCAGGCAGCAAACUUGAUGUCGUUUUCUACCAUCUCAGAAUCGGCUUAUUCUUUAUGGACAACGACAUAAUAGCAAGAAAUCUGGAGAAAGCAAGAAGUCUCGUGGAGGAAGGCGGCGACUGGGAUCGUCGCAAUCGUCUAAAGGUUUACGAGGGUUUGUAUUGUCUGGCGACGAGAGAUUUCUCUAAAGCUGCAGAGAACUUCUUAGACUCCGUGUCGACAUUCACGUCGUACGAAUUGAUGGAUUACAACACUUUUGUUAUGUACACCGUAGUUGCGGCGAUGAUUUCCCUGCCAAGAGUUGAUCUGAAGGCAAAGGUCAUUCAAGGGUCUGAGAUACAAGAAGUUCUCCAUCAGCUUCCUCUAAUGAAGACCUUUCUUACAUCUCUGUACGAAUGUCAGUACGGACAGUUUUUCAGAGCUCUUGCGGAGGUCGAGGUGUUACUGAAGAGAGAUCGUUAUCUUUCCCCUCAUUAUCGUUACUAUAUUCGUGAAAUGCGUGUGUUGGUGUACAACCAGCUGCUCAAGUCGUAUCGUAGCCUCACUCUACAAUACAUGGCCGAUGCAUUUGAAGUGUCUAUAGAUUUUAUUGAUAGAGAGCUGUCUCGAUUCAUUGCGUCUGGCCGGUUGAAUUGUAAGAUAGACAAAGUUGGCGGGUUUGUAGAAACCAACAGACCUGAUCACAAGAAUUGGCAGUAUCAGGCUGCCAUAAAGCAAGGCGACAUGCUGCUGAAUAGACUGCAGAAGCUGAGCCGUGUGAUAAACGUCUGACAUCACAUUCUCUACCAACAUAACAUAACGUCGUCUAUUGACAUGCUCU